UACUUCAGCAAGAGCCUGCGCCUGGGUUCCGGAGGCGGCGACGCGUCCUCGGCGAGCGCUAGCAAGAAGCAGAAGGUGCAGCUAUGGGACAGCGUCAUCAACGUGGUGCUCGUCGAAGGGCGUAACCUGCUGGCCAUGGACGACAACGGGUUCAGCGACCCCUACGUGCGAUUCCGUCUCGGCACGGAGAAGUACAAGAGCAAGAAUGUCAUCAAAACCCUGAAUCCCCAGUGGCUGGAGCAGUUCGACCUGCACAUGUACACGGACCAGCCCAAGGUUCUCGAGAUUUCCGUGUGGGACAAGGAUUUUAGUGGCAAGGGAGACUUCAUGGGAAGGUGCUCGAUCGACCUGAGCAGCCUGGAGCCGGAGACGACGCACUCGGUGUGGCAGCCGCUGGAGGACGGCGCCGGCUCGCUGUUCCUCCUGCUCACCAUCAGCGGCAGCACGCAGGGCACCAGCUGCGUCUCGGACCUGACCACCUUCGAGGCGACCGGCGGUUCCGUCGCGCGCAACAAGGCCAUGCGGGCGCGAUACGGCCUGCUACACAGCUUCUACGACUGGGACGAUGUCGGACACCUCGUCGUCAAAGUGUACAAGGCACAGGGCCUGGCUUCUGCCGACCUGGGAGGCAAGAGCGACCCGUUCUGCGUGCUCGAGCUGGUCAAUUCGCGCCUGCAGACGCAUACCGAGUACAAGACCCUGUCGCCCGAGUGGAACAAGAUAUUUUGCUUCAAGGUCAAGGACAUUCAUUCUGUCCUGGAGCUGACUGUUUACGACGAGGACCGCGACAAGAAGUGCGAAUUUCUUGGCAAGCUCGCCAUACCCUUGCUCAAGAUCAAGAACGGAGAGAAGAAAUGGUAUGGACUAAAGGAUCGGAAACUCAAGACGAGGGUGAAAGGCCAAAUCUUCCUGGAAAUGUCAGUGGUCUACAACCCUAUAAAAGCCUGCGUGAAAACAUUCAAUCCGAAGGAGACGAAGUUCAUGCAGCUUGAUCCCAAGUUCAAGCGAAUUGUGUUCAUGCGCAACCUGACACGUGUGAAGAACAUCGUGGUGUUCGUCAUCGACAUGGGCAAAUUCCUCAACAACUGCUUUCUCUGGGAGUCCGUACCGAGGUCCCUUCUCGCUUUUUUUUCAUUCAUGGUGAUCACAUACACGGCCGAACUGUACAUGCUUCCGCUUGUUCUGCUGCUGGUGUUCUUCAAGAACCUGCUUGUGCUCACCGUCGCUGGCAUCCAGGGCGCCGGAAGGGAGGAGGAGGACUUCAACGAAGAAGAUGAAGACGAUGACGACGAGGACAAAGACUCAAAAACAGAAGAAAAGAAGAGCCUCAAGGAGCGGCUUCAAGCCGUCCAGGAAGCCACGGCUACCGUUCAGAAUGUCCUUGGAGAAGUGGCGUCACUUGGAGAAAGAAUCAACAACACGUUCAACUUCAGCGUCCCUCAGCUGUCCUGGCUGGCCAUCAUCGUGUUGCUGUUGGUCACCUGCAUCCUGUACUACGUGCCCAUCCGCUACGUCGUGAUGGCCUGGGGGAUAAACAAGUUCACCAAGAAGCUACGAAGUCCUGACGUGGUUCCAAACAACGAAGUGAUGGACUUCCUGAGUCGCGUGCCUGACAAUGAAGAAAAGGUGAUGUACCGCGAGUUGCGGCCGGCGCCGAGUGCGGCCCUGGAGGCCGAGCGCAAGAAGAAGAAGAAGAUCAGCUGAUCGUGGGCCGCCCGACGCCAGGGCUGCUCGCUCAACGUGUUUCGCAUCAAGGACAACGAAGCCCUGCGCCGGCGCCUGCAGCUGCCGCGCUGGCCGUUCGGCCUGCCUUCCAGGUGACGCCGGUGCCGACGCCACCCAGGACUCGCCAGCGCGGGCCUCGCUCGCUGCGGCGAGUCCCACACCGCGGCACAGUGUGAUGCACUCCGGUUUCCCUUCCCGUGUCGUCUACGUCAUCGAAUUCGUCUCUCUAGGGUGUGUGCGUGUGUCCCUCUUGUGCGAGAACAGCGAACGUCACGCAGGUGGUUCCGUUCGUCGAAGGAUCAGCGCGCUGAGAAAGGUGGUUAAGUGGAUCGAAAAAAAUGACAUUGUUUAGGCGUAGUAAUAAUAAACGAAGCGAGAAGGACGUUUAGACAAGGGACGUAAACGUCACCAAGCGGCGGUGUCUCCCGGAGAUACGUUAUCCACGGCAUCUCUUACGUGGCUCGCGAGCAGGUCAUAUAGUCGAGUUGCGGCCAGCUCGAAGCGUACAGCCUGCGUGCUGUUGCCGCCAAUGUACCCAUGCAGUGUAGUCUGAACGCACUGAACCUACUACGCGGCGUCGGUAUCUGUGAAUCAUGGGGCACAGCUUACGAUGCCCCACUUUUUUACAACUGCCAAUACAUUCAAGUUUCUCGCGAACGUCUCGCAAAAUGCAAUUCUGCCAGCCGAUUCGCGCCUCUUCCGAGAGUCUCGCAAACCACAUCGACUAACAAGAUUGGUGCGUCCGUUACAACAGCCAAAUUACUUGCCACAUCGAAAGAGCAUGUUUUCGAACACCAGAGUCGCUUGAUUGUUAAUCGAGUUUUUUGGAAGUGCCAGUGUGAGGACGCUGCCUGUUGGUACCUUUGCUAUGUGAGGAGCUUGGUCGUUGAUCGUGUGUGCUUGUUAUUGUUGCCGCAACUCGAACGUACUGUGUUUGGUGAUAAACACAUUGUUGUUCCAUGCAGUUACCAAGCUCGGCGGACCGCGGGAAGGUUCUCAGCUGUACUCUCAAGACAUUAUUGAACAAACCCGCGUUCUCUAGACAGGUCAUUCUUUUGCCCGCCGAAUCGUGGUCGGAGUUCCUCUGACCGCUCCGAAGGCGAGCUCGUCGCGAUUUGAGUGAUAAAUGUCCCGUGCCAGGAAUAUAUGCUUCUCAUCUAAACGAGUUCUGACGGUGCUGCGUAGACGUUUAGUAGCUUCAAACUCGAUGCAAUCUUUCGGCACGCCUUUGCCGCCUCCGUGUACAUGGCCAAGAGGUAUAGUGGAGGGAAAUAGCUGACUGAUCCUUUACGACGUCGCCCGCUGAAUCUUAGAUGCGGCGCGUACGUGCUCACCGCAGGUAAAAGGAACGUGCUGUGGGCUGCCAAUAAAGCUCUGAAUACAUUGUUAGAUUCGUCCUGUAUUCAGACAUACCUGUACAUAACCAAGAUUUUAAAGCUAAAUGCAAUGCCCGUUUUGUCUUUACGUUCUCUCGCUCUGCACCAAUUCCGAUGAUUUAUAGCUUCAUCGCAUGCAUAUUUUUGGUCGGCCGGAGUAGGAGGCCACACGUUCUUGCCUGAAAUUUGUGUGAAAUGAUAUCCACGUUCCUUGCUGUUCUGUAGUUUGUCCAAAAAUGCUUUCUCCGAAAACGUGUGUAUGCACGUUGGUUUUUGUCCAAAACACGCGCUCUGACGUGCGCAGUAACGUAAGCCAUAAAGAAAACUGACCUUCUCUCAGGCGCUUGUACACAUGAGUACGUACUCCACAUUCUGCACGGUGCCAAAGAUGUUACUGUGCACUUUUGCACGUGAUCUCUCCACCACGAGUGGGUUUGGAACGUUGUACUGCUUCCCUUUUUUAUUCUUUCAUAUUCGCAAUUAUGUUUCUCUUACUGCUCGAGCUAUGUCGAAAGCGGUCUGCAACGGAAGGUGUGAGGAUUUUGAUUCUUUCAUAUGUUUUGUGAUGCUACCGUUUCGUUUUGGCUGCAUUAAUUUGCGGUGUGGGUAACUCUAGUAGUUUGUCCAUAUUCAAGCAAACGAUGCUAACGCUCGCUCGAUGCUCGAUUACUUUUUGCUUUAUUACUUUUUGCUUUACUGCGCAACAAGGUCUCAGAACCCGUUACUCGACGACUCUCAGAAACAAGUUUAGAAGUUGUGCGUACGGAGAGCUGCCAACAAUUGCAGAUGGGGCCACGCCCACCUUUGCUGACGCAACAUAGUUUCCGUUUAUGCGUGCCUGUGAGUACAGGAGCAUUGUUUGGGUGAAAUUGAAGAAAAUAAAUAUUGCUGGUGGGAGAGUCUCGCAAUCCUCCGCAAACUGAAAGAAAGAGAUCAUAGACACGGCUCGUGGCACUGAAGGAAGCGAUAACCGAAACUUAAAAUAUGCGCAUCUCUUUAGGCAUUUCAUCGGAAGCGCCACAGGGAUCGCUUUUGUGUUUUUUCACAAACGUUUUUCUAUGUCUCUUUGCUGUGGGUAAGCGCGUCAGAUGCGAGCAGAAUGGGCCAUGAAACACGCUUGGUUCAACACUAUAUGUAGAAGUGUGCGAAGGGUCCCAAUCGAACACGAACAACCGUUCUCACCAAUAAUAUAAAAUGAUGUUCGCAUCCUAGUAUAUAUCCGAAACUUUAGCAAGCUUCUCUCAUUACAUUGAAAGUUAUGAAGUGUUGUUUAUUAAAAUUUCAAGUAAACCAUUAGGAACGAAUAAGCAGUUCACUCGCAUACUCGGGACUCUUUGGUGAGUUCGAAUGGUCGCGGUUUAACCGUAAAGUUUUGGCUUCUUCUGCGAUGUAUAGCGUGCUCCACUACGUAACUUCUUGUGUUUUACGUCUACAACAGUCGCCUGGACGAAAGUUGUAGCACUUCUGCCCUAAUUUUGUUUGAUGGGUGCCUGUCGGUGGCUUAAAAUAUCAGAACACUCUGUAAAAAAAAUUUUCGCAUUUACGAGUAGUGACUAGUGAUUAGAAAACCGAAUCCGAUUUGACAAAUAUUCGAUUCUCUAUUCGAAAGUAUCAAGCAUUAUCACGGCCCUACCCUUAUUAAAACGCCGUGGUAUUGGUAAAUGCUGUAGCUCUACAAACGCUCGAAGCUUUCCUGGCAUUGUCGAGGUCAGUUCGCGCACUUCCCUUGCUGUUUCAAGGUAGUCUAGCCGCUUUUACUCGCAGUACUCCCUGCUGUCUUACGAUAUACUAGGAGGAAGGAAAAAUUGCUUCUUACUCUGCAGGUCUUAGCAUUGCCAUCGAUUCGCGAGAAUCGUCACACUCUUCACAUAUAGUUGCAAUCACUCGCAAAAUGACGACCCGUAAGUGUUUUGACACUGUUGGUGUGUAUUCCUAUGCCUCCAUGUUGCCAAACCAGCUUUUUUUUCUUUUUCGUUUUUCUGGAAGCUUACUGUAAUACUGCGCCGUUAGCCCUGUAUUGGAACGUUUUUAACCAAAAUGAAAUGCUAACACAUUAAUAGGCUCGGGUGACUCUCUCCACAGGAGUGAAUACGCUUUUGUGACUUAUGCAAAGGUGGGCGUGGCCUUGUCGUUGCUUUAUCUUCUGUGCGCUUCUCUCGCUGAAUUUGCAGCCACCCUACUCUUAUGUAACGCUCGUUUAAAAGUAGCUGGCGGCUGCCUUCUUCUUCGCAUUGCGACUAGAACUGCAUCGCUACAGCUUUCUCUCGUUGGAAAGCGACGCAUGUCGACAGUCGUCUAGUCCACAUCUGCAGUAUCUGCAGGAAGAUUAUGGUAUCUCUGCAGCAGACGCCCCUUUAUCUUAGCUCUCCUUAUCCAAUAUCGGUGGGGGCGGGGGAGGGAGAUUGUGAGCGCGAGCGUGAUGUCUGCAUAGAAUCUAGUCGAAAGAUUCGAAGUGUCCACGGAGCGUUUUCACCAAGAAUCGUCUGUUGCCAAUGUAUCUCAGAGGCAUUAAAUCUCAUCUUUGAUAUACUGUACCUUUUGGUGGCGUAGCUGUUUCCAGGACGCACGCUGCAUGUUGGAGGAAGAGCGAUUCUAGGUCUGAUUUGGCAGUGUUGGCCGUCCUCUAUAAUCCCGGGGCUGCUAAGUGGAACGCCUAUUCGCAUUGCCACUUCUACAAUUGUUGCAUAAGGCAUAAUAAGGCUGGCCUGUUACUCAGCUGCGUUCGUGUGCCUUGCGGCAACGGGAUCGAAUUGAAAAUGACAAGAUUGCGUGUUUUCAGCUGUAGCAUGGCGUCGCUGAUUGGUAUUUGCUCACGUUACUAAAAAUACUGCCUCCUCCCUCGUAAUUUUCGAGCUCGUCUUCAAGCGGACAAGUGAAAUGAGCACUUGCUGUGAAUGAUCGGCUGUUGCCAGCCGCGUUCUUUUCCUUAAAGUGCAAAUACCUUGGUACAUAACUCAAUGCGUCAAGCGAAUGGUGUCACAGACGAGACCCUUGAAACCUGUUUGCGACCCACGCGACAUACUGAGUGCUAGCUAACUUGGUACGUUCCAAGUUCUUCCCUUGCUUUCAUACGUCUUAGGUGAGCAUAGCGAAGCCCGCGAGCCCUCAAGUGCUUUGUUUACGGCCGCGUGCGCGUUGUAUGAAAGUUUGAGAUUCUCGCCCUAAGCCAUUGUCUAGGCGGUUAACUUGGCACUGAAUUGAACUUUGUACGCAGGCGUAGUUCGAAGCACUGAAAAGUUGCAGUAGUGCAAAAUACAAAAUUCAAGUACACCCCACUUGCAGCGCGCGUCCUGGACGAUGCUACACAAGCACAUUUGAUGGUUGCUGGAGUGUGUGUGCCUGUGAAUACUGUGUAUACAUCUGUGAAUACAACGCAGCGUCGAGAGCUAACCGGGCGCGUUUUGUACUUAAGACAGCUCUGAACCACUGCUUUUCUUCAUGCCUAACCCAGCGAGGCUGUUCAUCGUUCGCUCCUCCGCUAUUGCUCCAGCAAACUUCACUGACGCUGGAUUCUAUUGAACAUGCCGUGCCUUUUUAAACUAUGCGUGUAACUAUUAUAUGUGUCUGUGUCUUCGUGCCGUUGUUUGUGUGUAUGAAUGUGGGUGUAUGUUGCGUGAUUGUGCGAAACAUGCCCGCCAAAGAAAUUGGGCGUGGCGGGCGGAUCAUCGUAAAGCGUUUCCAAGGUUCCCCGUGUAGUAGCUAUAACCUUAGCGAUGCCAAUCUCCCAAAGACGACGAAAAUAAGUGCAGGUCACUUCAACAAAGCACGCCUUUUCUUUUCCACAGGAUGUGUUUCAGAACGUCAACGUAGCAAAUACGUUUAACGAAAUAGUAAUUGGUGCGUGCGACGCAAUUGUGCGAACAGCAUGUGUGCCAAUACGCUGCUUCAUCGAAUGCCUACCAAAUAGCCUAAUGCGCUGUAACCUUGGAAGCACGUUCAGUAAUUAUGCCGCUGGGAAAUUCAUGCACGAGCUAUUGGACACCGUAGACAAGGUGAGCUCAUGGUCCGUAGGCGCCUGCCAGAACGCUAGGCAUGCUUUUACGUGGGCACGUUUGUUCUUUGUGCAGUGUGACGGAGGUGUGGGUGCCUUGGUUACACUGUUGUUCAGGUACGCUUGCCAUGUCUUCUCAGUUGUUACAGAGGAAAGUUUGUAGCGCGACUGUCGCCAGGGGGACCGCCCUUCGUCAUAGGACGCAGUGGCGAUAUGUGCUGCAGUAUCGCGUUUAUGUUCUUUCUUUGCUCACUUUCGAAUGCAAACCGUGUGUUGAUUGUUAAUAGACGCGCGGUGCCUGUACAUACGGUGUCUUGCUGUUUUACAUAUCAUUAUCGUUGUCUGUUACUUGCCACCAUAACUGUGUAGAUCUCGAAGAGAUUAUCCGCAUAGCGCUUAUUUUUGUUAAUUCGCUGGACGGUUCCUGCAACAGGUGAGCCGCUCACGUGUUCUUCCGCACUUCGCCGUGCUGUGCGCGAGAAAAAAAAACAAGAAACCCACGAUCAAGUGCAUGCGGUUGUGAAAUCCUCGUAACGCUCUUGUAAAAUGCGGCUAGCCGUGUUCUCUCACGAAGACGUAUGUUGACAUUCCAGGAGAUGAAUUAAAUGCUUUUUUUCAUUGCAA